AUGGAUCAUCCGGAUAGUAUGGUAAGGGAACUUAUCCAAAGGGAUGACAGGUCAAAAUGGAUAGCACAUAGCAAUCACAAUGUGCAAUGUUUCACAGAAGAUGAGAUAAUAAGAUUUACCAACAACUAUGAAACUAUGCUCGGAAGAGGUGCCUUUGGACAAGUUUAUCAAGGAGUCCUUGAGGACAAAAGCCUAGUUGCAGUCAAGAGGUUUAUCGACAAUGUAAAAGAUAACUUUGCCAAAGAAUUGACUGUCCACCGUGAAAUCAAUCACAAGAAUGUUGUCAGACUGCUCGGAUACUGUUUAGAUGAAAAUGCCCUAAUGAUGGUCACGGAGUACAUUCCUAAAGGAAACUUAGGUGACUUACUUCAUGGUAACAGCAUUCCUGUUCCACUGGAUACACGAGUGAGAAUUGCCUUAGAAUGUGCAGAGGCAUUGGGUUAUAUGCAUUCACAGAUGUAUACUCAGGUCAUUCAUGGUGAUAUCAAGCCUUCUAAUAUACUUUUGGAUGAUGGACUAAGAGCAAAAAUAUCAGAUUUUGGAAUAUCAAGACUAGUCAACACUGAAAAUACUCUAUACACCCUAAAUGUGAUGGGGAGUAUAGGUUACAUGGACCCUUUGUUUGCUCUGAAUGGUCGCCUCACGGCGAAGAGUGAUGUUGAGAGUUUUGGAGUUGUGCUCCUAGAACUGGUAACAAGAAGAAAGGCAAGAAAUUAUGACGGGGAGAUCGGCUUGGUUGAAAAUUUUACUAAGGUUCUUGCAAAAGGGGCCAGGAGGGUGAGAGAGAUGUUUGAUGCUGAAAUUGCAAUCCCAAGCAACAUGAAGACUAUUGAACAGAUUGCACAGUUGGCAGCUAAAUGCUUGAGGUUGGAACACGACAAACGUCCUGAGAUGCAGACUUAG